AUGCUGCUCCUGCUUCAAUCAGGCAGGCCGUCAACUUGUGUCCCGAAAGGUUUUUGUCAGAGUCCGUUUGCUGGCGGCGCGAGCUGCUCCUGUGACGUGUUAGCUGCCUCUGCGCUCCUACGUGCAAGGCGGCUGCGAUCCGCCCUUGCAUGCACUGGCACCUCGCAGAAUGACAGUCUAGACGGUGCAUUGCGGCCUUCUGCAGCUGGUGCGGGCCACGAAGCGAAGGUGAAGAUCUGCAUCUGCCGAACUGACUGGAAGCUUGGCGAGAUGCAUCGACGGAGUUCAAGCUGCCUGGUGCGCCAGAUCCUUCCAGAUCACCUGGCCUUGUGUGGCCUCACCGUGCUGCUCUGGCGAGCAUGGCGACUUCUGCUUCCUGAUGGCUCAUGUGACACCUUCAUCACCAGGGUGACGGUUGCUUGCUCACCUGCCUCAGAAGCCGCUUUUGGGUUGCAACGUUGCAGCUGCAGAGUCAGUGCAGCGGGUCACGCCCUACCAUCCUUGCAGCUCGAUGGCGGCUUUCAGUUGGAGUCCUGUCAUGUCUUGCCUCGACGAAAGACGCGUGCAGAGAGCCCAGCGCCCACAUGGUGCUUUGCGGAGGUGCAGGCUGCAAUUGCCGAACCUGUGCGGAGUAUUCGUUCGAGGCCAUUCCACUCAAAAACUUGCCUACCGCCUCGAAACAGCGUGAGAGGCGGGGCUCAAGAGACGGAUGCUGAUCUGAAGAGGCUGAGGCGUCCGCAUGUCUCCGGGAUUUCGGAAAGCCCGCAUAGGUAG